CGAUGUUUCCCGGCCCCCGGCGAGGGGGACGCACGGCCCGAGGUGUUCGGGGCGGCGGGAGCGCGGUGCAGCCCCGGCCCGGCCCCGCUGCCCUCUCAGCCCGCGGGGUCCGCAGCCACUGCAGCCCGGCCCGGCCUUCCCGGGGCCGGGGGAGCUCCAGCGCCGGGGGCCGGUCCCUCCCGGUGCCCGGGGGCUGUGACAGCCGCUGUCACCCGUGAGCUCAUCCCUGUCCCAGGGAUUUGGGAACGGCUGCUGUCACGAUGCUGGGGCCAGAGCACACGGAGUGAGGCUGAGUCAGUGCCAGAAGGACCAAACACGAAUUCAUGCGUCUCUCAGCUUGCUUUUAAUGUCUUUCCUCUGGUUUUCCAGGAAGGGAACAACCUGCCUUAUCUGUCCUGCACGCCCGAGCACUGAUCAGUCACAGGAGGAGAGAGAUCUGCGCUGGGAGAGGCUGUGCAGGAGAAAAAUUCCCAGCUGCUUUUGCCACCGUGGUCUCUAAAGCUCCUGUGUUACAGUGUUCGUGGCUCUGCCUCUUCUCCCCUGGAAGAUGCUGGGAAGGAUCCUGUGCACGGUGUUGUUCGUGGGAGCCUUCCCAUCCCCAGCUGGAGCAUCUCAGGGCCACAUCUCUGUGGUCCUGCUGGGAGCCACAGGUGAUUUGGCCAAGAAGUACUUGUGGCAGGGUCUAUUCCAGCUCUACAUGGACCAAGUGAGCAGUGGCCACAGCUUCACAUUCCACGGGGCUGCCCUGGCAGCUCUGGAACCAGGGCAGAGGCUGAUGUUUGACGUGCUGAAGAAGCUGUCCUGUCCCCCCGACGAGGCUCCCAACAGGUGUGCAGUGCUCAAGGACCAGUUCCUGAAGCUGAGCCAGUACCACCAGCUAAAGACAGCUGAAAACUACACAGCUCUGAGCAGAGAGAUCGAGACCCUGCUGCACCAGGAGGGGCUGAAGGAGGCUGGGAGGAUCUUCUACUUCUCGGUGCCACCGUUUGCCUACACGGAGAUCGCCCGGCACAUCAACAGCAGCUGCCGCCCCCCUGCUGGAGCCUGGCUGCGAGUGGUGCUGGAAAAGCCCUUUGGCCACGACCUGGAGUCGGCCCAGCAGCUGGCUGCAGAGCUGGCAGGCUUCUUCAGGGAGGAGGAGAUGUACAGGGUGGACCAUUAUCUGGGCAAGCAGGCUGUGGCCCAUAUCCUGCCUUUUCGGGAUCAGAACCGACAGCUUCUGGACCCGAUUUGGAACCGACAUCACGUGGAAAGAGUGGAGGUUGUCUUGAAGGAGACUGUGGAUGCUAAAGGCCGCACCAGCUUCUAUGAGCAGUACGGGGUGAUCCGGGACGUGCUGCAGAACCACCUCACCGAGGCCCUCAUCUUCCUCAUCAUGGAGCUCCCUGCCAACGUCAGCAGUGCCCGGGACGUGGUGCAGCACAAGCUGCAGGCGUUGCAGUCCCUGUGGGGCCUGGAGAGGAGCAGUGCCGUGCUGGGGCAGUACCAGGCCUACAACAGCCAGGUGCAGGAGGAGCUGCAGGAGGAACAGGGCUACGUCAGCACCACACCAACCUUUGCAGGUGUGCUGAUCCGCAGCGACAGCCUGCGCUGGGAAGGGGUCCCGUUCCUCCUCACCUCCGGGAAGGCUCUGGACGAGCGGGUGGGUUACGCCCGUGUCCUCUUCAAGAACAGGGCCUACUGCACUCAGAGUGGCACCCUGAGGGACUCAGGGCACAGCCAGUGUAAACCCAAGCAGAUCAUCUUCUACUUCGGGCACGGCGCACUCAACACCCCUGCAGUGCUGGUGAGCAGGAACCUCUUCCAGCCUGUCAUGCCCAAACACAGCUGGAAAGAAGCAGAGGCUCGGUCAGACCUGCACAUCUUUGGGCAGCCGCUGUCUGAUUUCUACACCUACAGCCCUGUGAAAGAGAGAGACGCAUAUUCUGUCCUCAUCUCCAACAUCUACCACGGCAGGAAGGAUUUCUUCAUCACCACGGAGAACCUGCUGGCCUCCUGGGCCUUCUGGACCCCUCUGCUGGACAGCACCUCCCGCCAGUCCCCGCGCCUCUACCCCGGGGGCGUGGAGAACCAGCAGCUCCUGGACUUUGAAAUGGUGGGUGGGGGAGUGGCGUUCACCCUGGCAGAGCCAGCGCAGCUGCUGACCCCCAGCGGGCAGAUGCCAAGUGAUUUCAGGGCGAUCCAGUCCAAAUUCCGGCACAGUCCCCUGGUGUCGGCGUGGGCCGAGGACCUGAUUUCCCAGCUGGCGUCCGACAUGGAGGAGGCGGCGGUGAGGAGCGUGGCUCGCUGCGGGCAGUUCCACCUGGCCCUGUCGGGCGGCUCCAGCCCCACGGGGCUGUUCCAGCGCCUGGCCAGGCACCACUUGGGCUUCCCCUGGCGGCACACCCACGUGUGGCUGGUGGACGAGCGCUGCGUGCCCCUGACCGACGGCGAGUCCAACUUCCUGGGGCUGCACAGGCACCUCCUGCAGCACGUCAGGCUGCCCUACUUCAACAUCCACCCCAUGCCCGUGCACCUCAACCGGCGCCUCUGCGUGGAGGAGGACGGCGGCGCCGAGCUCUACGCCAAGGACAUCGUGGCCCUGGUGGCCAACGCCAGCUUCGACCUGGUGCUGCUGGGGGUGGGCACGGACGGGCACACGGCCUCGCUCUUCCCCCGCUCCGAAAACGGCCUGGAAGGGGCUCCCACCGUGGUGCUGACUGAGAGCCCUGUCAAGCCUCACCAGAGGAUGAGCCUCAGCCUGCCCCUCAUCAACAGGGCCAGGCAGGUGUUUGUGCUGGUUUUGGGCAAGGGCAAGCACGACAUCACCACCCUGCUCAGCAGAGUGGGCCGCGAGCCCAGGAAGUGGCCGAUCUCGGGUGUCAGCCCCAGCUCUGGCCAGCUGGUGUGGUAUGUGGAUUAUGAAGCUCUGCUGGGCUGAUGCAGUGUCCCUCCCCCCUUGUCUGUGUGGCCUUUACAGCCCGGAUUUUCCUGCACCAUGUCCGUGUUCCUCUGUUGCCGGCGGCAGCUUCAUCCCUGGCACCUCCAGCCCUCCUGGAGAUCCGUGGCCUGCAGCUCCUCUGACAUUUGAGCCUGGAGAGAGCUGGGCUCAGUGUCCAGAGCUCAGGAGGAGCCAAGAGCCCAGGGCACCAUUUCUGGCUCUGCUCUGGCUUCUGACUGAUAUGUUGGACAAGUGACCUCACCUUGAAGUGCCUCAGUUUCCCUGUCAGGCCUUUGUGCUUAUUGGCAUGUAACUACCUCAGGGGCACUACAGGAGACUCGUUACAUCAACUGCCUGCCAACCUCUUUGAAAUGGUAUGGAAUUCUCAGGCUAAAGGACAAUAACAGCACGUUCAUCCCCUGCCCUGCUCGGUGUGGCUGGGCCAGGGCUGUUGCUCAGUGCAGUGAAGGCUGUGUGCACAUGGAUGUGUGCACUCCCAGAGGAGUGGGGCAGCUCACAGAGCUGUCGUGUUCCAGCACUGCAAUAAUUACUGAGGGAAAUAAUUAAUUAUUAAUAAUUAAUAUUUAAUUGAGGGAAAAGCUUGGUGCUCACAGGAAUUGUUGGGUUUAGCUAGCAGAGAAAUCUUUCCUUUUUAAACAAAAAUGUCCAUGUUAACUUCAUUCCAGUUCUUUUGUAUUUGGUUUGAGGGAACAAGUUCUAGUGAAAAGCUGACCUACGAGAGAGUAACUAUAUUGUUAUGAAUAAUGGAGUUUAUUCCUGUCUGACAGGUGGCUGUGGCAUUGGAGUUUGCUUAUUUUUGCACUCUUGCUUGGUAAUGUGUGGCUGGAACCUCUUGAAAUAAAUAGAGGUUUAUUUGCACUUUUAAAUAAGUACAUGGGUUUUUUCCCAGGGAACUACUGUUCUUUGCAGCAGAAAAUAGGGUUUAUUUGUAAAGUGUCUAUCUAGUGGGUCACCCCAAAAUUUAUCCUAGGUUUUAUUAAAAUCCAUUAAAAGUUUCCACAUGUUUUCCUUUGGUGAAUGGAGCUGUCUGGCUUGUUUGGGAGGUUUGUAUUUUUAUUUUUUUCACACAGACAAUUCCUGUUAAACUCUUUAAUACUUAGCAUUUGGUAAAUGAAAACCGAAUCUUUUUGAAUAUACAAGAUUUAUGACUGGAGAGACUGGAUGGGAAGAAGGGUUAAAGGAGCAACAAAUCCAAUGAGGAGGAAUGGUAGCAAUCCACUGGGCUGUAGGCCAAGGAAGCAGGGCUAUUUUUAUUUUGUGAGAGUUAUUAAUAGAAGGCGUGCACCUACUUGAGAGCUUGUAUUAACCUUUCUUUGCAAAGGCAGCUCCAUGGAGUAACUUCUUACAGUCUGUUUUUCCCAAAAGUGAUUAUUGAUACCAAUUUUUAUUAAUUUUUUUCAUGUCAAGUGCAUUCCUACAAUUCAAUGGUGUGAUUAUUUAUAUGUUUUACAGAAAACUAACACUGGAAAUAACUCAUUUUUCACUUCAACUUUUAUAAAUGAAAUUGUAAAAUCUUUUUUUUUUCCCCAUGAGUAAAGUUUAAUGAUUCUUUUCAUGUUGUUUAAUGAAUGAAGAAUUAUAUUUAUAAAAAAUAGUUUUUAACGA